AUGUGCGAACCGAAACGGGGGCGGGAGCUGACGAAAUUGCUGCAGAUGUUGGUGGAAUAUUUGUUGCACGUGCAGGAGGCGCUGAGCGAGGGCAAGGCGAAGGCGGAGCGAGACGCGGAGGGGUGGAAGGAUCGGGCGAGGACGGAGCGAGAUGAGGCGAGAAAAUCCGCGAGGGAGUUAAGGCUGGCGAUGGAGGCGCACGAGGCGGAGUUGAUCGCGGUUGCGGCGGAAUACGCGAAGAAGAGGAAUAAUCCGGAUAACGCCGAGCUCGAGGACGCGCGCAGGCGAGGGGAGUCGAUGGCGGCUGAACGCGCGGCGAAAGACUUGGAAAAGCGAUUGCGCGAACAAAGAGAGCUUUUCGAUAGUGCCGUCGAUCGCAUGCGCGCGGCGCACGCGGAGGCGCAGGCGGAGGCCGCGCGCGAGUUGUCGGCUCGAAAGGCGGAGCUCGCGUCGGCGCGCGCGCAGUACGUGGCGUCAUCGACGGAGUCCACGAAGGAGGCGAAUAGGAUGGUCGCUGACGCACAAGCGCUCAUUCGUGAGGCACGCGAGAAGGCGGAGUUGGAAAAGUCCAACGUCGCGCGCGUGCGCUCCGAGCUCAACGCUGCGGUGGAGGCGACUCAAAGGCACAAGCGUUCGUUGGUCGACGUCAAGUCGGAGCUCACGCGACUCAAGGAAGAUUUCAAAUUCGAACACGAGUCGAACGCCGAGUUACGAAAAGCACUAGAGCGCCGCGACGAAGAGCGCAAGUUGAUGCGCGAACAAAUUGAGCGUCUCCACGGCAAGCAGAAAUCGUCGAUGACGGAGGAAAUGGCCGAGUUGACGAACAUGCGAGAACUGGCAAAGAACAACUACGCCGAAAUCGAACGCCUGAAGCGCGAAAACGAAGUGCUUCGCGAGGAUAAGAAUGCACAAUCCACUUGGGUCGCGGAGGAAAAGAAGCGUUGGGUGUCGGCGAAUGAGCAAAUCUUACAAGCCGAGUUGACAGAGAAGGACAACGCCAUCGCUCAGUUGCGCGAAGAGAUUUCGCAAUUGAGAAACGACAUCGCCACGGAGCGUUCGCGCAAGAUGAUCACGAUUAAACCAAUCAUCGCAGAGUACGAGGCUCGAGCGCAAGCUGCGCCGCCCGUGGCCCCCAAACCCGCGGUGAAGGCAGCGAAAGCGCGCAAGACGCUCGAGCCCCCGCCGAGCGACGUCCAAGACAUGGAUGGGGCGCUCCACGCCGCCAUGCUUGAUCUCGACGUCGACUUGGACGCGGUCGCCGAGGCUGGUUUGGACGACGCCACGUUCCAGGAAGCUAUGGCGAAGUUCGAAGCGGUUCAAAUGCAAGACGUACCGAAGGAGUUGCGCGCAAAGUAUGCGUUGUCGCGCGCUAAGAUUCAAAAGGAACUCGACGGCGUCGCGGUUCGUUGA